AUGAAUUUAGAUGAGACACAUAUAGAGCAGGAAGUAUUCUGGUCCCUGAAGACUCGUUCCCUCUAGAUUCUUUCAUUCUUUCUGUUUGUGCCGGUGCUCGAUGCAACGUCACACAUGAGUGUUGUAGUAUUUAUCAGUUUCCUUCAAUUAGCUGCAUAGAGCUGAUCAAAAUGAUGGACACAAUCAAUAAAACCCCUCCCCCUGAUCUGAUCUGAAAAGAGGAGUUAGACAGAAAAACACAAGUUCUUUACUUCUUCAUGCUCCUGAAGUCUGGCUUAAUGUAUUAUGAUGUGGACAUGAUCAAAAUUCAGUGAACAUUCUAAUGCCCUAAUUAUACGUUGUUUUCCCAGAAAAUGAACUGUAAUCCUAAAGAUUUCAGACCUGCUGUUGGACUGGAGUCUAGUUGGACUGGAUCAGGAGUCUUCAUGUAUCAGAACAGUAACACCUGAACAGUGGUACGACCUACUUGGAGCCACUAAGAGGCUGAGUAGAGCCCUACUGUCCCAUGGGAAUCUACUGAGAACCACUGAUAUUGUUGAUUCAGUCAUGUGAUAACAGUUGGAUUGGGUGCUGGAGGACUGGAGAUGGCUAUGUGCGCAUUGUGAUGAUGAUGAUAAUAACAUCAAUUUUUCCGGUUAACAUGAAAAGUUAUUUCUAGUUAUUUUGUUCCAGAAAAAGUAUUUGACUGAGGAAACUGGACAUUUUUAUUUGCAUUAUACAAAUUUGGGGUCAUCGUCCAUAGGCUGGAUAAAAAUAUUAUAUAAUAACUUAAAUGCAUGUUUGAAGACCAAUGAUCAAACUUCUCCAUGUUCUGUUUGCAGAGAGGUACCAGGCAGGGCUUCCUGCUUUCUCCCAACUGCAAAAUGAUGAAAUUAAGAAAUCAAAGGAAUCCAUGCCAAAAUAUAGAACAUAAGAUAAGUCUUAAUGCUGAUGAUGUAUUACUUUUUCUCCAGGACUCACAGAUGUCCAGCUACUAAAAACAAUAGAGGAUGAUCUCUCAUUGUGGAGGUGCUUACCCAUAUCACUCAUGGAGAGGGUUGCCACAGUUAAAAUAAUUGUUCUACCUAAAGUCAACUACUUGUUUUCAAAGAUACCCACUAAACAAUCCUCCAGCUGGUUUAAGUCACUGGAUUCACACAUAUCAAAAUUUCUGGAACCCUGACAACUUGCAAAUCAAAAAGAUUAACUUCACUCAAUGGAAAAUAAAGGAAUAAAACAUUUAAAACAUAAUAAAAAAGGAAUCAUCUUGUGAUUUGAUAUACUCAUAUCACAAUAUGGAAUCAGUAGUACUAAAUUUUUAGAAUAUCACCAGUUUAGAUCUAUUAUAUGUUAAAAAAAAAAAAUACAAAUUUAACUUGCAGAUACCUAUCAGGGUAGCAAAAUUCUUAAAUCUCCAUGCCCCAAAGCUAUUAUCAAAGCCAUAUAAAAUAUUAUCUAAUAGGAAGAUUCAAUCUCUGUUCCAACUCUAAAAUUGGAGACUGACUUUUUCAGUAAAUUUAAUCAAAAUGAAUGAUCACAAAUAUGUUUAAACAGCUUUAAUAUGACUUCAUUCAAUUAAGAAUUCAAAUAUGCAACUAAUACAAUUCAAAAUUCUUCGUAGAACUCAUUAUACAGGACGAAGGAUGUUCAGGAUGGGUUUGUCACAACCAAAUAUUUGCUCAGACUGCACAGAUGAAAUGAUUGACUACUACUUCUAUACCUUAGUGUCCUGCACAUCUGUCCACAGGUUCUGGCUUCAGGUAUGUGAAGACAUGUCAGCAUGGCUUAAGUGUAAUAUUCCUGCAAAACCCAGACUGUCUACUAGGGUGGAGCCUGCUGGAGAACCAUGGUUGAGACCAGGAGGUCUAAGGAAGUAUUCCUGUCCACUCACCAUCCACAUGAACACAGUGCACAGAAAACUCAAACUGUCUGACAACAACAGGAAGGUGACAUAUGUUAAGGAGUUUCAGUCAUAUCCUGAUCAUCCAGACAGAUUUGAUGAUGACUGGUUUCCUGAGCUGCUGUGUGAAAAUGUUCUGACUGGUCGCUGCUACUGGGAGGUCGAGUGGAGAGGAGAUGUUUUUAUAUCAGCAAGUUACAGAGAAAUCAGCAGGAGAGGAGGCACCAGAGAAUGUUGGUUUGGAUUAAAUGAUCAGUCCUGGAGUCUGAGAUGCUCUGAUGAUAAAGGUUACUCUGUCUGGCACAAUAAUGGAGAAACACGCAUCUCCUCCUCCUCCUCCUCCUCCUCCCCCUCCUCCUCCUCUUCUUCCUACUCCUCUGUCUCUAACAGAGUAGCAGUGUAUGUGGACUGUCCUGCUGGCUCUCUGUCCUUCUACAGAGUCUCCUCUGACUCACUGAUCCACCUCCACACCUUCAUCACCACAUUCACUCAUCCUCUCUAUGCUGGAUUUGGUUUCUGGUCCAGCGCUACAGGUUCCUGGGUGUCUCUGUGUUGAGUGUAAAGAGUGUGAUGGUAGCAGAGAAACUCUGACUGGUGAACAGAUAGUUCAGUCUGUACAUGUCUGUCUCUUUCACUCAGAAACAUCUUUUCAGAUUCAUGGAUUCAAUCAGUU